AUGCCACGAGGAAGGGGCAGAGGCGGAGGCCCAAGACUGCGCUUGUCAGCAAGAAAUUCCACUCCCGCUGUCAAGGUCGAUGUGUCGGACGAAGAGAUGACGGAUCCAGUUGUGCAGAACGACGAUGAAGAUGAUGGCGACCAUGUCGAGCAGGACGGCGCCGAAGAAGACGACGGCGAACAGGAAGCCGAUGAAGAGCAAGACGCCGGCGGGCGCAGCAGCCCGCCAGUCGUCGAAACCAUCCCGCGCAAGCGUGGUAGAGGCCGUCCUCCAACCCGUCCACGCCCCGAUUGGGACACGCCGGAGCCCGGAACUGGCAAUGGCUCGGAAUCUGGCACCCCGCGCAGGAAGAGAGGACGCCCGUCAGGUGUUGGAGGGACCCGUGGUGGCUUCAGAGGCAGACCUAGAGGAGGCCCAUCGCAUGCCACACGCGUCCCAAUCGACAAGGAGGGCAACAUGAUGGACGUGAUCAACGACGAGGUCGCGCUUCCCGAGGAUGCCGAAGGAGAGACAAAGGUCAACAAGGACGGCCAUUUGCAAGGGGGCCGUGACUACCGCGUCCGCGUCUUCACCAUCCUGGGCCGCGGCAACAGACUGUACAUGUUGUCGACCGAGCCAGCCCGCUGUACCGGAUUCCGCGACAGCUACCUCUUCUUCACAAAGCACCUGCAGCUCUACAAGAUCAUCAUCGGCGAGGAGGAGAAGAAGGACCUGAUCUCCCGCGAUAUCAUCCCGCACUCGUACAAAGGUCGCGCAAUCGGCGUCGUCACUGCCCGCUCCGUCUUCCGCGAGUUUGGCGCACGCAUUGUCAUCGGAGGCCGCAAGAUCAUCGACGACUAUCAAGUGCAAGCAGCCAAGGAAAGAGGUGACAUCGAAGGCGAACUGGCCGAUCCCAACGAUCGUCUUCCUCCUCCCGGCGAGGCAUACAACAAGAACCAGUACGUCGCCUGGCACGGAGCCAGCCAAGUCUACCACAACAACGCCCCCAGUGUCCCUCUGCAGACAGGCAAGCCUGCUCCCGGAAAGAAGAAGACCAACAUCACCACGGUCAACUGGCAGUUUGAACACGCCAGAGAAGCAAGCCGAUUUAACUCUACUCUCACUGCCGCACGCCGUGCAAACCUUGAUGGCGUCUACGACAUCAACACCAACCUCAUGUUCUACCCCAAAAUCAUGCAGCCGACCCACAUCAAGUGGGAGCGUGCUAACCCUGUCCAAGACAAAGGGGAGCCCACCAUCUUCACACCUGUCCCUGAGCACAUCUCCAGAAACUAUCUCAUCACCGACACUUACUUCGAGAACGCCUCCAGAGCAAACCUGGGCGUUCCCGGUCCUGAUGGCGAUGUCGACGAUCUGUCGACUAACGGCCUGUCAAGCAUCUCUCAAGGCGUCCUGGACGAGCUUCCGGAGGAUUGCAGAACUGCCUUCCAUGAAGCUAGGGACGCUGAACUCGAGUGGAAGGCCAAGUGGCGCGAUGAGCACACCGAUGGUGCCCGUGGCAAGCUGCGCAUCGGCUUUAACGGCUUCCCAGUCUAA